GGGAAGUUCGUGAAAUCUCGCGAUACUCGGAGUGGAGCACGAGCAGUACGGAUGAGUGUGAUGUUCCACUGAAAGCUGCUUAGUCGAGCGUUUGUCGCUUCCUCGAGCGAUGCGAGCUAUCGAAUCCUAAUCAUCAGCAUGAACUGUAAGUAACCGCAUCCAGUUAAACGAAAAUGUCAGUAAUGGAGGUGAAUUCGGGCUGUCCGUCUCCUAAAGAGGAGGGUGAGCUGGAGGACGGGGAAAUCUUCGACGACGAGCCGCAGCGGCAGCGGCAGAACGCGCGGCCUCCGCGACGCGCCCGCCCCAGCCGGCCCAUGAUGAACAGGAGAGCGCGUUUACCGGGACCCAUGCUCAACAACAGCGCCCCGGUGCCGCUGAGAGCCGUUCACCCGCCCUUCCCCUCCGGCCUCCGGCAGGGCUCCGGCUUCUGGGAGCGCAGUCACGGCGCGCUGGGCCGCUUCAGAUACCGCGCUCACCGAGCGUCAGACUGGAACCGAGACUGGACGGAGCGCUUCGCGGAGAAUCACGGCUGCAGAACCGACUCACCGAACAGGAAACAGAAAGCGGGCGGCAGAUGUCAGAUGCGGAGGGUGGUGACCAGCGUCCCUAAAGCCGAGAGCAUGGACGAGAGCUUCGAGGAUCUGCUGAUGAAGUACAAACAGAUCCAGCUGGAGCUCGAAUGCAUCCGGAAGGAGGAGCGGAUGGCCCUGAAAGAGGAGGAGCCGGCUCCUGCUGACCCCGUCCCGCCGCCCGAGGUGCUGGAGGAGCCCGUCUCUGCUGUGAAGGAAGAGAAGAAGGUGUUUCAGGCGUUCAACAUCAGACCGCUGAGACAGAAGCUGCUGACGCCCUCCGACCGAGACGCUCUCAACAGCAGAGCCGCACAGGAAGUGCAGAGACCAGACGGGGACGCGGCGGAGAAGACCGGCAAUCACGAUGACGCUGUAAAGGACGAGGAGUCCGAGUCAGACCUCAACAUCUCUGCAGUGAGUGAUGACACUCCAGUCGUCCACAAGAAGGAGGACGAGGACGACCUGUCGGAGCUGCAGCUGCGUCUCCUCGCCCUGCAGUCGGCCAGCAGGAAGUGGCAGCAGAAAGAGCAGCAGGUGCUGAAGGAGAGCAAGGAGAAGAUCACCAAAGCUGUGAAGGUGCCUCAGGACAAGAGCGAGUCUCCGUGCGACAGGAACAAGAUGAGCGGAAACCGAGGGAACGCUGUGUGCAGGCUGCAGGAGAGAGCGAGACCGGCCAAACCGACCCCGGACAAGAGCAGGGCGAGGAAACCGGCCCACAUGACCAAGCAGGCGUGGAGGAAACAGCAGCUGCGCACCUGGAAACUGCAGCAGCAGAGACAGCAGGAGGAGCAGAGAAACAAGCAAGAGGAAGAGGAGGAGAGGAGGAAGAGAGAGGACGAGAUCCGGAAGAUCAGAGACCUGUCCAACCAGGACGAGCAGUACAACCGCUUCAUGAAGCUGGUGGGCUCCAAACAUCGCUCCCGCAGCAAGUCUUCAGAUGCUGAUCAGAGGAAGCUGGUCAAGCAGAGUCUGGACACGUCGGGGAAUCUCUACCAGUACGACAACUACGACGAGGUGGCUAUGGACACGGACAGCGAAACCAGCUCGCCAGCCACGUCACCGACACACCACGCACUGCCCAUGUUUCCUCUGGAGUCCACACCUCUCAGACAGGGUGUGGGGCAGCACCACCUGCAGCAGGUGGAGUUUGUGCGCUCGACUCCUCCUCCUCUGCCUCCGCUGCCGCCCCCCGAUGAAGCCGAGCAGCCGCCGAAGCCUCCGUUCGCUGACGAGGAAGAGGAAGAGGAGAUGCUGCUGAGAGAAGAGCUGCUGAAGUCCUUGGCCAGCAAGCGAGCUGUUAGAGCAGAGGACGCGUCCAGCAGCAGCGGGCCGCCCUCGCCCGCUCUCAGACCCGUGACUCAGCCGAACACCAGGAGCAACCUCACGGCCGUCAGUCUCAACACCGUCAUCUCUCACGCACGGGCGCUCAAGUUCAUACGGGGACAGCCGGCCCCCAAAGCCCCGUUUGUGCUGCCACGACACAAGACUGUGGUGGUGCGUCUGAACGCAUCUGACGACAGCGACUCUGACGGCGAGAGCUGCAGCCCCGCUCCGAGUGUGUUCGGAGGACUGGAGUCCAUGAUUAAAGAAGCUCGGAGGACGGUGGAGGCAGCCAAACCGAAGCAUUCGGUGUCAGAGAAGGAGAACAACCCAGUGAAGAGUGCAGAAGCACUUCCUGAUGCCAAGAAGAUGGAGUAUCGGCUGCUCCGAGACGACCUGGCCAGUCUAGAGAAGCAGAGGUCAGGCCGGCUGGAGUCUCCUGCGGGCUCAGACUCGGACCUGGACGUCCUGGGAAGAGCUGCAGAUCUGCAGGAGAAGCUGAAUCAGCACAAAGCACAGCUGUGUAAAGACGAGGCUCUGCUGAAGCAGCUCUUGCAACAGGAAAUGAAGAAGAAAGAGUCUCUGAAAGCAGCCGAGGGGAAGAUGAGCCGACUCAAAGAGCAGCUGCUGGCGUCAGAGAAGAUCGUGAGCGCCAACAGAGUGCUGCUGAAGAAGCUGCAGGAGCAGGUUCAGAGAGUUCAGCACCGCGUGAGCGUGAAGAAGCAGCAGUCGGUGAAGCUGGAGAGAGAUCUGGUUCAGGCGCAGGCCGCUGCAGCUCCUGCUGCGCUCAAACGCAACACAUCUGCCUCCAUCCACUCCCCGGUGAAGGUGCGGCGCGUGGAUCGCCCAGAUGUGCAUUACGCAGAGCUCAUCGCGCAGAAGAAGCGCCUGCAGCAGCUGGAGACUGAAUACGCCCUCAAGAUCCAGAAACUCAAAGAGGCCCAGGCCUUACGGCAAGCUGAGCCGCGGCCCGCCGCCCCACAGAUGCCCAGCCCUCUCUACCCGUUACCACAGCCCUCGCUUCAUGACCUCACCCAGGACAAGCUCGCCCUGUCCAGUGAGGACGCGGAGGGUGAGGAGGACGAGCAGCAGCAGAUUCCCGCCUCAGUGACGCCCACUCACCGCCGGCGCUCGUUCCGAGAGUCCGGCUCCUUCACCAAACCCAAACUGUGCCACCUGGAGACAGCGGCGGCUUCACCCAUGCCGGUCAAACAGGCCAAAUCGUCGCCCUGCAGCGCAGCCGGAGGAGACUCGCUCGCUCUCGCUCAGCAGGGCUCCUGGGAAGGUACGCUCCUGAAGAAGUGCUCUCGCCGGCAUCAGUAUCAAAGUGUUUCCUUCUCUUUCAUCUCUUUGUGUGUGUGUCUCGUGCAGGUCGUGCAGGUGGACUUCGAUCCGAUGGCAGCUCAUCAGAGCCGAGCGGAGACCACACCAGAAGUGUUCGGACCAUACCACAGUCCUUUACUAGUCUUCAAAUCAUACAGGUUCAGCCCGUAUUACCGGACCAAAGAGAGGCUUUCUCUCCGCUCCGUCACCUACAGCAACCUCAUCGAGCCAAAGAAGUGCUUCUGUCGCUUUGACCUGACCGGCACGUGUAACGAUGACGACUGCUCAUGGCAGCACAUGAGGGACUGCACCCUCACAGAGAGCCAGCUGUUUCAGGACGUCCUGUCCUACAGCCUGCCUCUGAUUGGCUGCUCAGACAGCAGCAGCUCCGCUGACAUCAGCAGUGCCACAGAGAAAUAUAUGAAGAAGCUGUUUGGGCCCAAUAAGGACCGGAUGGGGACGGACCAGAAGGCCGUUCUGCUCGUGAGCAAAGUCAACGAGAGAUUGAAACACAUUCCUCCCUUCACCACGUGUAAAUCCCCGAGGAAGUGGAGGCCUGGAGCUCAGAAAGUGAAGACACACGUACAGGAAGAUGACGAGCUCAACCCUGUGGACGUGACGGUCCCCAGCUCUCACAACGGACGCGUCCAGGAGCGCUGGUCAUCGGCCGAUGUCUGCGUCACGCAGGACGAUAAGAGGUACUUCGACAGCGAGACGGAUGACAUCAGUAACCUGGAGACCAGUGUGCUGGAGAGUCCCCACGACGUGCAGCUGUGGAUCAAACUGGCCUUCAAAUACCUCCAGCAGAGGGACACCUCGGUGGCAGAGUGUCUGGACGCGGCGCUGAACACGCUGUCCCGUGCGCUGGAGGAUAAUCGCGAGGACGCUGAGGUGUGGGGUCACUACCUGAUGCUGUUCUCGCGGCGCGGCAGCAGAGAUGAGGUUCAGGAGAUGUGUGAGAUGGCCGUGGAGCAUGCGCCGCUCUAUGACGUCUGGUGGACUUACAUGAGCGUUGAGAGUGGCUUCGAGGGGAAAGAUUACGUGUGUGCUCGUCUGAUUUCACACCUGCUGGAGGCGUCACAUGACGUCAGGCCGGAUGUGCAGUCGUUCCAGCUGCUGGAGUCAGUGCUGUUCAGAGUUCAGCUCAGUGUGUUCACCGGCCGUCAGCACAACGCUCUCAGCGUACUCCAGAGUGCGCUGCUUUCGGGCUCUGAAUCGAGCGUUGCGGAUCAUCUGACUGUGGCGGACCGUUGUCUGAUGUGGCUGUCUUAUAUCCACCUGACUGAGUUCAGACGUCUACCGGCGUGUCUAUACGACCCCGCCAACUCCAACCCCUCCAGAAUCACCUGCACCGAUCCCUUCCUCAUUCCCUGGAGAACGGCCCAACAUCUCCGCACACCCGCUGAUGACAUCAUCAGCCUGUUCAGAGAUGCUGUGUGUGGCUGCACGGAUGAGCGUUUGUCUUCCAGUGAACAGAUUCAGGCCUGUUUCCCUCUGCACUCAAACCUCAUUCAUCUGUACAGGACGCUGGACAGAUGUCCAGAAGCUCUUGCGCUGUGUGAGCGUCUGCUGGCUGUGUGUCCACUCUACUGCCCUCUGCUGGAGGUCACCGGUGAGCUGCACAUGUCCUCGGGACACACAGAGAAAGCUGAAGAGCUGUGGAGACGCGCUCAUUCUGACAGCCCCAGCUGCGCUCGCGUCUUCCUCCAGCUCUGCAAGUGUUUGCUCGCUCAGGGGAACGUCAGUGUUAUGGAAGAGCUCUUUGACAAGUUCAUGCACUCUUUCUGUGAAUCUGUGCAAGAUCAGCUCAAGUCACUGGAUGUGUUACGCCAUAUUCUUGGUGUUCCCACUCAAGACUUGCUGAGAGUAGCAGCUCUCAAAGAUGAUGUUCAGGAUGAGAUCCGAGCUCAGCUGCCGUACCUUCAUCUCCUGCACUGUUUCUGGCAGUCUACCUAUGGUGUUGUGAGAGAGGCCAUUGAUGCAUUUGAGAAAGCUUUGGGAACGAUUACAAAGCUGGACUUAAUUCACACCCUCUGGCUAGACUAUCUGUCCUUUGCCAGCAGUAAGAUGUUGGCACCGCAGCCGAGUGUUCGCGAGCUGAAGAUGUUUACGGGUCUAGUUCACCGCUGUCUGGAGACUGUGCCGAGCAGACUCACCCUGCCCUUCAGCUCCUCACAAUACUGGAGCUGCUACAGCUUCCAUAACAAGGUCAUAUCCUUCUAUUUGGGAUGUUUCCCUCAAUCCCAACAUUCCCUUAUCCUGGAAAGACUUCAACAUAUCAUGCCAACCAAUACUGAACUGGCCAUAAGGUUGCUGCAGCAAGAAUGGCAGGAUGGCAAUGUUGAACAUUUUAAAUUGCAAAGCAGAAUGUUGUGCUGUAGCGUCCCAACCUGUCUGGCCAUCUGGAAAAUAGCUAUUGCUGUUGAGAAGGAACAAAGGCAAAGAGCAGAGGUGCGGCGGCUGUAUCAGCAGGCGCUUCAGAAACUGCCUCUGUCCGCUGCUCUCUGGAAAGAUUGUUUGCUCUUUGAGGCUGCUGAAGGAGGUAAAACUGACACACUGAAAAAAAUAAUUGACAAGUGCCAAGAGGUGGGAGUGAGUCUAAAUGAGCCGCUAGGGUUAGAGCCGAGCCAAAGCCAGUGACACGAGCAGCACAUUCCCACAAGAGUACAUGCUUCCAUUAGAGCACCAAACCUCCACAGAUACGCAGACACGCAUCUUAGCUUAGACCCCAGUCAGUAUUACGAGCAGGAGUCCAGUGAAGACACAAUGAGCUACCCAUUAUCCAGUAUGUGGGCCUCUUUUAUCAUCAUGUACGUAAGUAUGAAUCUGUUGAUGAUGCCUGUUGCUUCCUGUUGUUUUUGAUUUGCGUGUUCCCAUUUGUACACUAACUUUUUUUAAUUUGAUUUGUAUUUUUCUUCAAUGUUGCGUCAUAGUUGUUGACGGACUGUGACUGUUUUUAAGGUGGCUUGCUUCCUUCCUCUAAAUAUACAUCAAUUUAUUUAGUUUCUCAUGGUGUCUCAACCAUGUCUCAUGAAGAAUGACAUUAACUCGGCUUGAGAGUUUAAGGGCUCAGCACCAAGGGGUUUUUUUCUUCUUCUUUUCUUCCUUCCUUUUUUUUUAACCUGCUCCUUCUCCAACCAUGGAUUGAAAUGGCUGUUAUUGGAAGUAUUCUGUUUGGCUCACCAGUGUCAGAGUAUUGAUGGAAACUUCUCCAUAGACUGCCAAAUCUCACCGACACUCAAUAUGUCUGUAGUCGUGGACUGCGCCAAAAGACAUCAGUAAACUGUUCAUGUAAUAUUGUUUCUUCACAAAUUAAAAAAAAUCCAUGUGUGUGUGUUUUUGUGUGUGUGUGUGUGUGAGAGAGAGUACGCACACACACAUGCAUGUUGAUUAACGUAUUCUGCAGGAUUGAUAAUCUGACACCUGUUUUUCUUUCAAUUUAUAAUUGAACAAUGUUUCUAUUAAAUUAUUUUGUACAGAAA